AUGUUUGAACCACGCAGCCUUGCGCGCUUACUUCUUCCUUACAUACAUGAUCGGAAAGCCUUGUAUGGGAGCCAUGUCUUCACUGAAGGCUCCGAGCUAGACGAGGCAGAGAAGAAGAAGUUGUUGAUCGAAUUCUCUUCCCCAAACAUUGCGAGCGAGUUUCAGGGAAAGCAUCUACGCAGCACAAUUAUCGGUGCCCAUAUUGGUCUGUUGUAUGAGAGCAUGGGAUGGGAUGUGACACGAGUCAAUUACCUAGGUGACUGGGGAAAGAACAUCGGUUUGCUUGGAGCUGGAUGGGAGGAUUUUGGUUCUGAAGAGCAAUUCGCGGCUGACCCGAUCGGGCAUCUUGUCAGCGUGUACAACCAAGCGAACGAAAUUUUCAUCCCCGAACAGGCGUCAAGCAAAAAAGCUAGGGAUGCGCAUGAGGAUACAGUCGAGAUUGAGUCGAAAGGCUAUUACGCCAAGAGAAACGACUUCUUCAAAAAGAUGGAGGACGGUGACGAGGUUGCCGUCGGCCUCUCGAAGCGCUUCCGUGACGUGUAUGUGGACCACUACAAAGAACUUUAUGCGCGUCUGAAUGUCACUUUUGAUGAAUACUCCGGCGAGUCUCAAGUAUCGCCAGAGACAAUGACAGAAGUGGAAGAAAUCCUAAAGAGCAAGGGACUGAGUGAGGAGAAAGAUGGUGCGUGGAUGAUCGAACUGAAGAAGCACGGAGGUAAAGGAGGUGCAGCCAUCAUUCGUGAUCGCACAGGAAGCAGCACUUAUCUUCUGCGCGACCUAGCAACCGUUCUCGAGCGUUUCCGCAAAUACUCUUUCGACAAGAUGAUCUACGUCGUCUCUGUAGAUCACGAUCUACACUUUCAACGCGUCUUGAAAAUACUGGAUCUUAUGGAUAUGUCUCAUUUGGCAGAGAGACUACAACACGUGCAUUUCAGCAAAGUCUCGCCAAUGGUUGACCAAGGUUCUAUGUUGGGUGACAUCUUGAGCCAAUGCCAGAGUUCAAUGCUUGAGUCUUUGAGGGAGAAUCCAGACCAAUCUGCUCUUCUCGGGGACUCAGAAGACGUCGCCGCAUCUCUGGGUAUCAGCGCUCUUCUCGUCCAGGAACUUUCUGCACGCCGGGCUGCAGAUCAUGCAUUUGACAUUGCUCGAAUGACAUCGUUUGAACUUGGCACUGGCCCUGAGCUCCAGUAUUGCUAUGCGAGACUCACGUCGCUUCUUGCUGAUAAGUCUAGUGACGCGAGCGCCUUGACUGAUGAUGAGCUGGAAUCAAUCACAGGUGAAGCAUUUGUCGACCUCCUUCGCCUUCUAGCUCAAUAUCCAGAUGUCACGGCUCAAGAGUUCAAGGCGUUGGAAUCGGCAACUGUGAUGGCAUAUCUUACUAGCGUAACCGGCCAAUUGUCUGGCUGUUUCGAGGAGAUCCCCGAAGGUGCUGAUUUGACUGUUGGUCAAGUCAUGCUUCUAGAAGCGGCACGACAAGUGUUGGAAAAUGCCAUGAGGCUACUCGGGAUUGUUCCAACUUCUAGAUAG